AUGGGUAUGAAGGGUAUUUCACCUACUGUUUUCACAUAUAAUUCCAUAAUUAAAGGACUGUGCGACGAUGGUAGAUUGGCAGGUAUUAAUAACUUGUUGAAUGAAAUGGCCAAUUACGAGAUAUCCUUGGAUGUCGUUACUUUCAGUAUAUUGAUUAAUGCGUACUGUAAGGAAGGAAAAAUGGAAGAGGCUGAGAAGAUGUUGGAAAUUAUGACACAACAUAAUAUUUGUCCCAAUGUCGUCACAUAUAAUGCAGUUAUUGAUGGUUUUUGUUUGAAGGGUGAAAUCGAAAGAGCAAAACAGUUACUUGAUUCCAUAGAAGAGAGGGGCCUUAAACCCAACAUUAUUAACUAUAACAGCUUGUUAAAUGGAUACUGCAAGAAGGGGAACUUGGAUGAAGCCUGGCUUCUUUUUCUUGAAAUUCCUGGUAAAGGUUUGAAGCAUGAUGCGCGUACUUAUAAUACCAUGCUGCAUGGAUUAUUCAGAAACUAUAGAUUUGCUGAUGGUUGGAAGCUUUUCGAGGAUGUGAAAGCUCAACAAGUACAUCCCGACUUACAUAUCUAUAGUACAUUAAUCGAUGGUUUGUCGAAGUGUGGGAUGGUUGACGAUGCUCUGCAGCUGCUGUCCGAGAUGGUGAAGAAGGGCAUCUCGCCUAGUGUUGUCACGUGCAACAUAUUGAUAGAUGGAUAUUGCUCACUGGGCAAGAUGGUAAGAGCUAGAGAGCUCUUCGAUUCAAUGGCAAAGACGGGAAUCAAGCACGAUAUAUUCACCUAUGAUAUCUUGAUUAAGGGAUACUGUAAGGCGGGAAACCUUGAUGAAGCUUGGCGUUUCUUUGAUGAAAUCUCGCGUGUAGGUCUCAAACACUCAACCGUGUCAUACAGCACGAUGAUGCAAGGGCUAAUACGCCAAAGUAGUUUUUCAGACGGGUGGAAGCUUUUCGAGGAUAUGGAAGCUCAGAAGGUGCAUCCGAAUCUCUACACCUACAACAUCUUGUUGGAUGGCUUGUGUAGGAUCCAGCAGAUUAUCCUUCUUCACCUUUACAUGAGUGAAUUUACAUUUGAUUCAACAAAAGGUAGUUUAUCCUUCUUCACCUUUCUUAAUCACAUCACCAUAUAUAGAGCUUUCUUGAAAUGGUAUAUCAGAAUGUGCCUUUAA